AAGAAAAGAACAAAAAAGAGGAAAAAAAUAGUGAAUUGGAUUGUUCAAGUUACAAGAGGCUGAUGAUAACAAUUUGCACAACUGAAGAAGUUUUGUCUGUCCAUGUCUUUACAGCUCCCCCCCUACCACUUACCCAAUCCAUUGUUUAACCAUGAGGCAAGUUAUUCUAACUCUUUCUGUUUCUCUAUCUGUAAAGAAGAGAUGCUGGCACUUUCUUCAGUUGGGUGUUGUGAUCGUUGUGACAAGGGGGUAGGCUGUGUGUGUUUAGCACCUUGCUAAGACACCUAUUUGUAUUAAUGCUUGUGCUUUGAAGGGUGAUGUGACUGUGUCUAAGAACAGAAAAGCUUCCUUUAGCUGAUGUACUGAAUACAUGCCAUCUCACAUGUGUUCAGACUUUGCCUUCUGUUUUUAACUGUAGCUGGCCCGGAUUCAGACAGACAGUGUAGUGGAAAUGCUCCGCAAGCGAUACCUCAACCUUCAUUUUGAGAUCGUUGCCAUGUCAACAACUGGAGACAAGAUCUUGGACACUGCUCUUUCCAAGAUUGGAGAGAAGAGCCUCUUCACCAAGGAACUGGAAAAUGCCCUGGAAAGAAAUGAAGUUGACCUGGUAGUUCACUCCUUGAAGGACCUGCCAACUUUGCUCCCACCUGGCUUCACCAUUGGAGCCAUCUGCAAAAGGGAAAAUCCUCAUGAUGCUGUCGUUUUUCAUCCCAAGAACUAUGGGAAAACUCUCAACAGCCUUCCUGAAAAGAGCGUGGUUGGAACCAGUUCACUUCGUCGAGCAGCUCAGCUGAAAAGGCGGUUCCCUCAGCUGGAAUUCAGGGAUAUUAGAGGAAAUUUAAACACCCGGUUGAAAAAACUGGAUGAAAAGGAGGAUUUCAGUGCCAUAAUUCUGGCUGCUGCUGGACUGAGGAGGAUGGGCUGGGAGAAUCGUAUUGGUCAGAUCCUAAACCCUGAAGAUUGCCUUUAUGCUGUUGGACAGGGUGCCUUAGCAGUAGAGGUCCGAGCUAGAGACCAAGAGAUACUGGAUAUGGUAUCUGCCCUGAACGAUGGAGAAACGGUGCUAUGUUGCAUUGCCGAGAGAGCCUUUAUGAGACACCUGGAGGGUGGAUGUAGUGUUCCUGUAGCAGUCAAUACCAUGCUGAAAGACUCCCAGUUGUAUUUGACAGGAGCGGUCUACAGCUUGGAUGGAUCAGAUAGCCUGAAGGACACGAUGCAGACUAGUAUUAACUACUCACAGCAGAAUGAAGAGGGAUCCAGUGAUGAUGCACAGUAUGUUGGCAUAACAGCGAAGAAUAUUCCUCCUCAUGCUCAAGAGGCUGCAGAAACGCUGGGUGUUGAACUAGCUAGCUUACUGCUAAGUAAGGGUGCUAAGCAUAUCCUCAGUGUUGCAAGGCAACUCAAUGAUGCCCGAUAAACAUAUCAUUUGCACCUCCAUCACCACUUGCAGUUGGUAUGAUUCCUGCAGGUCAGAAGUUUGACAGCAAAAAUGGAUUCAACUGCUGUAGUCAUCCUUUCUGAAAGGGUGAUCUCUUAAUUUACUAAAAUCCCAUUUUUCUUGUGGAUCUGAAAACAAAAUUUAAAAUAUUAAACUUUGUCAUUUGAUUA